CUCGUAACCAGUAGAAAUGGAGCUGUAUAACGCUUUCAGAGACAGAUGUGUGGCCAGGCAACUCCGUGAUUGCGGGAAGAGGGAUCGUCUUCGCCAAUUGAUCUCACAGAACGGGUUCCUCACGAGGAUUGCGUCGCUGUCCAGCACGGUCCAGCAGUACGAGGACCCUAUAAACCAGGAGCUCGCCCUGGAAGCGAUCGACGUUGAGCGCCUGUAUAAAGGUGCUGAUGAGAGGCUACAGCAGGAGGAGAAUAGAUCCAAGGGCUAUGACUUCACGGACUGUCUGGUGCUGGAAACACUCCAUUGGUUCAAGACAGACUUCUUCAAGUGGACCAACGAGCCUGAGGUUGCGCCGGAGCUGGGCAAGCCACAACGCAUCUCUGUUGAGAGAUCCAGUCCACAGGAGGCCCGAGAAGGCGGUGCCUCUGUCACUGAGGUGUACCGCUGUGCUGACGGGUCUCUGGUGAGGUACCCGCGCUACAACAACCCUGCGAUGCUGCUGAAGACCAGAAACGGCCGGUGUGGUGAAUGGGCCAACUGCUUCGCUCUGAUCUUACGAUCCUUAGGACUGAGAGUGAGAUACGUGUGGAAUGCUGAAGACCACGUGUGGACAGAGUACUGGUCGAACUCGCAGGGGAGGUGGAUCCACCUCGACUCGUGCGAAGACGCCUUUGAUAACCCUGAGCUCUAUAACAAGGGUUGGGGUAAGAAGAUGAGCUAUUGUAUCGCCGUUGGGAUACAUGGCUACCAGGACGUGUCAAGAAGAUACGUUGUUGAUGCUGAAAAGGCACUGCCUAGGGAUAAAGUAGACGAGUCUGUUCUGAAAGAGGCCCUGGCUCUUCUCACGGCACUCCAAAGAGCCGCUCUACCAGCUCCGGAACUCACGACGCUGAUGAUCCAGGACUACUUCGAAACGCUUGAGCUGGGCGGUAGCCUGGCUCGUGCUUCACCAUCCGCCAGCCAGCUGGCUCCAAGACAGAGCGGCUCCAUUGCGUGGACUACAGCAAGGGGAGAAGCGGGAAAUUAGCAGUGUAUAUGUAUAUGUGUGGAUGUGUGUAUCAGUGUAAGGAGAUGUUUCGCUUUAGAAGUGGACCUUGUCGACGUAUUUUGAAACCAUUGGCUUGUAGCUACUCUCAACCUUCUUUGUCAAGUCGACAGUCUUAUCAAAUGCUUUGAAAUAAUCAACGAUUCUUUCAACGGCCCAGGACUUACCAUCGUGUUGGACAAAGGCCAGAUGGCCACCGAG